AUGUUGGUGGCCACUUCCUUACAAGGGGCAGAUGCACCGACGAGCCACCACCAGGAGAUGGCGCCAAAACCAUUUCCCUCUGCCCCGCCAACACCUGUGCCCUCAACAACCCAACAGCUUUACCCAGUCCUGACAAAUUUGCCUCCACCCUAUACUGAAGAAAGGAGAAGGGCCGGGCCCGCGGUAACACAGGCCCCUGUGUUCAUUGUGAAAGAAGGAGUACUCAGUGGGGAUACGUUAAUCAAAGGGGGCCACUUGGAGUGUGAAGAAUUUAAACCUGGCCCACAGGCCUCCUCCACACCUGGGGGUGCACAAAUGUGCACACCAGGCCCAUCUGACAUGCAUGCCCCUCGAUCUAUGCGAGAACAGCGCCACCCCAGUGGCCACACGAGAAAUCCAUCCAUAGAUGGAGCAUGGGGCAACGGGAGCAGCUUGAAGUCAAAGGGGAGGGAUACCCCCACCUCCCGCACAUCCAGUGUAUACGGAGAACAUAAAGGGGGACCAAGGAGCGACAUUCGAAAGGAAUAUUUCACAAGUGGCCGUAUACCAGACGAAGAUCUAAUGUCUUUCAGCGAACCGGAAGAACAGGGAGAAGAUGAUAUGGAACUACAAGAGGAAGACGUUCCCCUCAUGUCUGCAGGUGUAUGGGAGGCGAAAACCCAACUUAAACUCAUGGAAGAGGUUACAGCAGAAACGGGUGAAGCAGUCCUGUUACAAGGGAUUUUUAAGGGAAAAUCAACCCCCGUUCAAACGGCAGUAAGACAGUCGCAGCGCAUCAUAGAUAGACAAAGGAGAAUAGGAGAAGGAGAAGCGAAAAAACAACAGGAGCUGUAUCAAAUGCCACUCAGGAUGGAUGACACAUCCAACCGAGAGGAAUACGUUGCCUGGAAGAUGCAAGAUUUAACGGCCCUGGUGGAACAGCUCCCGAGCUUACAUGGGGGGGCCUCAGCCUGGCUGCUCCAGCUACAAUCCUUAACUUCCGGGGUCCGGCUUGCCCUGGGGGACAUGAAAGCCUUAUUGGCUAGGUCAACCGACUACACGACCAUGAUGACCAUAAUAAACACAGCAGGACUGGGAUCCCAUGGGGCUUCAACAGAACCUGAAAAAUAUAGGGGAGCAUUGUGGGAUGAGCUGAGAAGGGCAUAUCCCACCGAGAAAAACUAUGACACCCUUACCUCGUUCGCUAUGGAAGACGGGGAGCAGGCAGCUCGAUACCUGGACAGGGCAAAGACAACCUGGAGAUCAGUGCAUAUUGAACCCCAUGACCAGAGCGGUACCACUCUCAGCAUGUGGAAGGAGAUGGUGGUGAAUGGGACACCAACAGAGGUGAAGAACAAGCUUAGGGCCACAGUGGGGCUGAUGGCCUUGUCCACUGCUCAAUUCAACUCCCAUGUACACCAUCACAUCUCUCAAUACAAUAAAGACAAAGGCACGGCUGAUUCACAAGUACAAUCGCUGCAACUCCAGUUGCUCAAACUACAAUUAAAUGAAGCCCAAAAGAUCGCGAAACCAAAAAAGCAAAUGGUGGUGGAAGACCCCACGGAUAUAGCUAAGAUUGUAUCCCAGACCAUAAAUCAGAUGUUGGUGACCGUUCCAGUACCACCAACCCCCGCACAGGCACCGGUCGAGUACCCUCCAACUCCAGGAGCCAACUACGGAUAUGGGGGUUAUGAUCAGCCAAGGUUCUCCAACCCCCCGGGACCAACAUGGGGGGGGCCGACACGAGGGGAGGAGAGGUGGACAACGGGGAAGAGGAGCCCCAUGGUACCCAGCCACUGCCCAGGGAUAUCCACCAGCCCCUGCCCAGGGAUAUCAACCAGCCUACAACCCAGCGCCUCCUACCGGCCCCACCUUCCAGGGGAUAUCCGAGGGAUACCCACCAUGGGAAUGAAGCUGCCCACCACCACCAGUCGGGAGGUUCACUGGCUCAAAUGCUUACCAUCUGGACCUGGCACUCCUGCUAUCCAAUUUCAAUUCAACCAAUGGAGGAAGCUAAUAUACACCUUUCAGCCCUACAAGACACCACAGGCUGAGCUGCACUGCACUCUCAACGUCACUGACGACGAAGACACGCCUUAUACUCAAGAUUGGGAUGAAAACAUGAUGCAUCUUACCCCAGAAACACGGUGUCUCACCAUUGUGUGCGGCCCUGAGGGGGUGGCAGCCCCAGUCAUACUCCCACAACAUAUUAAACCUUGGUAUCAACUGGGACCGGACUCUUCUCCUCACGUGACCCUCGCAGUGGGAAAUGGACAUGAGGCCCGAAGUCUGGGUCCAAUGAUAAAAAGGGCCUCGAAACUCACUUGGGAAGUGACUAAUACACCAGGCCUGUUGAAGGCAACCACCGAAGAGAUGUGGCGUCUGACUAUGGUGGACACGGAAGAACGGUGCCAGCCUGAGCGUUUCACUCUCCCCAGGCACCACGGAAAACCAUAUUCUGAUCACCCUUCCUCCCCUGCUGUCUUGAAUUCCAUUGACAAGGCAAUAUGGACAACCACACCAUUUGACGUGGGAAAGAUACAGGUCCAACCAGUGCGCAUUACCCUAACUAAUCCAGCACAAGUACCAAUAUUUCGAACCCAAUAUCGACUGAAGCAUGAACAGACGGAGGGGAUCAGACCCACUAUUGAAGGCCUCCUGGGAGCUGGAUGCAUAUACAGGACUUUAUCACCCUGGAACACCCCCAUACUGCCGGUUCUGAAGGCAGAUGGAGAAACAUACCGGAUGGUACAGGAUUUCCGAGCGGUGAAUGAAGUUACCACACCCAUUGAUCUCCCUGUUCCCGACCCACACAUUACUCUGAGCAACCUGUCACCCAAGCAUCGGUACUUCACCGUGGUGGAUUUGGCAAAUGCUUUUUUACUGGAUGAGGCUUCCCAGCCGCUGUUUGCCUUUACCUACGAGAAUCAGCAAUUUACUUAUUCCGUACUUCCUCAAGGCUACACUUCUUCCCCUGGAAUCUUCAAUUAUAUCCUGAAGACACACCUGGCAGAACUGAAAAUCCCGGAAGGAGUAAUACUCAUACAAUAUGUAGACGAUCUGUUGCUGGGGGCUCCCAACUCAGACCUUUGUCUGGAGAUGACCAAAACCUUACUAGAUUUUCUGGCAGUAAAAGGAUACAAAGUCAAGAGGUCGAAAGUCCAAUCAUGUAGACGAACCGUUCUGUUCCUGGGAAGGGAAAUCUCAAGCGAGGGAGCAGGCCUCUCCAAAUCACACCGAGACUCAAUCCUACAUCAUCCCAGGCCCAUUACUGUUUCAGGAAUGCUCUCUUUCCUGGGGUUGACGGGAUAUAGCCGCACUCACAUCCCAGACUAUACUGAAAGAACUGAACCCCUGAGAGAGAUUGUUCGAGAAGCUGGCCCAAGAAACCUACAGGCCCCACUUAUAUGGACUCCUGAAGCUUCAACGGCGUUUGGGCUCCUGAAAACUGACCUGUCUGUGGCUGCUGCUCUCACGGCACCAGACUACGGUAAAACAUUUCACCUGGAUGUUUCUGAAAAGGAAGGCUUUGCAUCCGCCGUCCUUUUUCAGAAACAUGAGGGGGAGAGAAGAGUACUCAUGUACCACUCGUCAAAACUUGACCACAUUGAAACCGGCCAGACCGCCUGUUCCAGAUACGUUGCGGCGGUAGCCAAGGCGAUUGAGAAGACAGCCCAUCUGGUAAUGUGCCACAAGAUGCAAAUACAUACCCACCACGGGGUGGCAGCAUACCUCAUCAGCAAAGAAUUUACUUUCAGCGCGGACAGAAAAAACAAAAUCCAGAACAAAUGCACCCAGUCUCACAUCACUUUUGUGAACACCGACAAGAACAUGGCAGAUGCCCUCAACGCUGAGGAGGGCCUAGCACACUCCUGCCAAGAGAGGGCAGCACAAGAGCUCAAAUUAAGACCAGACCUGGAAAAUGAACCAUUGACAUCACCAGACCUAUGGCUGUACACAGACGGAUGUUGCUACAAGGGAGACACAGGUAACAUAGCUGCCUAUGCAGUCGUACAACAGCUGCAUGACAAAACACAUGUCACGUUGAAAUCAGGAAUUGUCCCCCAACCAGCAUCAGCACAACUUGCGGAAAUUGUGGGUCUGACUCAAGCUCUAGAGAAAGCCGAAGGUAAAACUGUAAACAUUUACACGGACUCGCCAUAUGCACACGGAGCCGUGCACAUAGAUGGACCACAAUGGGUUAGGCGCAACUUUACCACCACAGGUAACCUACCCAUCAAGCACAGAGCCCAAAUGGAACGUUUGAUACAUGCCGUAUCCUUACCAAAGACAGUGGCCAUAAUGAAAUGCCGUGGCCACCAAAAACUGACCAGCAGAAUCAAUCAUGGUAACGAUGCAGCAGACCUAGCAGCUAAGGCCGCAGGAGGCUACAGCCCUCGACAGAUGGUGCUCGGGAUAGAACCGGCAAGGACUGAACUGACAAGUCAACACAUACUAGAACUACAGGAAGAGGCAGGCCCUUACGAACAUUCGGUUUGGACACAGAAGGGAGGCUCUAAAGGACCAGACGGAAUAUGGAGAUGCCAUGAUGGCCGACUGGUGGCUCCAGCAAAUCUCUGUCCAGAACUGAUAAGGGAAGCCCACGGACUCACCCACGAAGGAAAACUCAGAACUCUCCAGAAGGUUUCGUACAUAUGGUGGCACCCCCACAUGAAGGACAUGACAGAUCUAUUCUGUGACGAAUGCAACAUAUGUGGGAGCUACAAUCCAAAGAAGCCUUACCAAACCCCAAUGGGAGCCUACCCAGUGCCAAACGCAUGUUUCCAAGACAUCAGUAUAGACUAUACCGACAUGGGAGAGGACAAUGUAAAGUACGGGAAGAGAUAUUUGCUAGUGAUGGUAGAUAGAUUUUCUAGGUGGGUAGAAGCAAUUCCAACAGCUAAGGAGGAUGGGAAGACAGUCAUUAAGUGGCUACAGUCAGAACUAAUACCUAGAUAUGGGGUCCCUAGACAAAUCCGAAGCGACAAUGGGUCCCACUUCGCCAACAAACACCUGAGACAGGUGGAGGAGAGGUUCGGCAUUAUACACAAGUUUGGUUCCGUGUAUAAGCCGCAGGCCCAAGGCCUUGUGGAGCGCUGCAACCAAUCUCUUAAGUGUAAGAUAGCCAAAGUGUGUGCUGGUACAAAACUGACAUGGGUGGAGGCCCUGCCACUGGCGUUGAUGGCCAUGAGGUCAUCACCAGGGGCAGGGACUCAUCUUUCACCCCACGAGAUAAUGACAGGAAGAGUGAUGCCAGGUCCACCAAGAGAGGGAGGUCAUAUGCCCCCUCUUGAUGUGCACCAGAUAGGUAUGACUGACUAUGUAAGAAAAUUGACGGAACUGUCUGCAGCUCUAUCCAAACAGAUACACAGAGUCCAUGAGGGGGAGCUGACGGGAGAUCCAGAGCAGCCAAGGGUAAAGGUCGGCGAUUGGGUAAGGAUCAAGGUCCACAAAAGAAAGUGGGCGGAUCCCAGGUGGACUGGACCGUACGAAGUGAAGGAGGUUACUUCACACUCAGUCCAGGUCAAAGGUAAAUCGGGCGCACCUUGGCACCACUUGACUCAUUGUACCCCAGCACCGACUCCUUCCAGAACUUUGACUGAAGUCAGGGUCGAUUUGAGCGACCUAAAUUUGAUUCCAACCACAGAUCCCUUAGUUGGUAAGGAUGUGGGAGCAACUCCCCAGCUCACCAACUAA